AUGGCAUCAGCAGGAACGCCAGGAUCACGUAGAGGACAGCAGGAAAAUACUCCAUUAUCCGGUGAAAAAACGAACGAAAGACCUCCAUUAAAUAGGGAUUCUAGUUUAAUCCAACAAUUCUCGCAUUUUAUUGGAAUAUCGGGUGGAAAUAAGGAUGGAAAUGAGGAAAAGACCAAUUGGAACGCCAAAAGACUCCGCCACAUCAAAAAUCGAUACAGCCUGAAAGAGGAUGAAGUUAACAAAUUUGUCGUCCGAAAUCAAUCUGUCGAAUCUGGAGCCGUCGGAGCAUCAGCUGCUCCAACUCCAUCAUCAAUUGUAGAAGAUAUCGAAAAAGGAAUAAUCAAGCCGUUGUCCACGAGGACUCCAAUUGGUAGAGCACCAAUUGGACCGACGCCUUCUCUUCCAAAUUAUGCAUCGUCGAGUUUUGAAAGUGGUGGUGGUGGAGCUCAUGGAAGAUCUCGAGCUGAUAGCUUUUCGCAGACAGCAGCGGAUCUAUCACAAAGCCAGACACGACUAUCCAAAUCGUCACAAAAACAACGAGAAUCCGUUCCGUCUGCCAUAAUUAAUUCGGUGUCGAAUUUCGUUAAAAAAGGCUCCCUAAUCAACAAAAAACGUCUAAAAUUUCACUCUUCAUUCGCCUCAAAAUGCUCAUUCGACCUGGAUAUGGUGUCAGAAGCCGCCGCCGCAGAUUUAACAGAAAUUCCAGAUGAAUUUUCUUCCCAGCAACCUGAAACUGGAUCACCAUCAGCUGGUGGUGGUCUUGUAUUUAAAUCUUCCACCACUACAACUGGAGAAUCCUUUGAGAUGAAGCCGAUUUUUGGGAAAACUAGCAAAGAAUCCGAGCUUAUCACUAGUGGAAUACCUGAGGAAACGUCGUUUGAAGUGGAAAUUGAAGAAAUGGGAGAUAUUGAUGAAGCUCAGGGUGGAGAAAUGGAUCCAUCAGCCAUGUCCCGAAUGACUGCAAAAGUGCGUAAAAAGUCAUCGAUUCGAGUUCCCCCGCUGGCCCGGUUCACAGAUGAAGCCUCCUCACUGACGAGCAGCCGAAGUGCUCCAAUUGUUCAACGAUGCAACAAGACAUUAUCUGUACAACAACCUGAAAGACCAAGUGAUUUAGCUGAAGGAACUAAACCAAUUAUACAUCCAUCUGCAUCACUUCCCGGAAGAGUUGGAAAAAGUAGUUUUUUGAAAAAGAAAUCAUCAUCAACACAGGAAGAUGUGGUGCUGGAGUUGUUGGCUGAAGAAUCAGAGCAAAAGGAUUUGGAGGAUGGAAGGAUGGAGGAUGUUGCUGGACCGAGUUUUAGGAUUAGAAGUCGGAAGCCCACGCAUCCAGCCAUCGAACGUUCCAUUUCCCUAAUCGAUGAGGUGUUUUUCGACACUCCACCACCUCAUCUUCGCCCAAUACCUCCAGAACUUCAAGGCCCCGCCGGAAUGCCGGCGCCUGAACUAGAAGCCUAUCAUCCAGACAUUGCACAGUCUCCGCCGACGUCUGCAAAGCUUGCCGCCCCCUCGAAAAGUAGCCCGUUUCCAUAUGAAACAGCGAAAAUUUCAGUUGUACCGGAAGUUGUCGGCUAUCAUCAGGCUGGAAAUAUUAGCUAUAUCGAUGUUGGCGAUAGUACGAUUAAUAGGCCGAAGCCUACGGUUUUAGGGGAGCGGCAGGCUCUUGUGGCCAGUAAAAGGCCUGAUAGAGUGCUUAUGCAAGAACCAUCCACAUCAUCCCGCCGUGGUGUCCUAAAACGUCAGCACACAAUUGAGCCCAUUGAUGACGUCAAAUAUCGUGUCAGGCAUGAGCAAAUGUCCAAAUUCACUCAACACAUCAAAUCAAGAAAAGAGGAUCAAAAACGUCAACGUGGCAUUGGUCGGGUCGGCCAGUGGAUGGGAAGGUCCUACAAAGAUAAUUUAUCCAAGGAAACCCGAAAAAUGUUGGCCGAGGGUACCGAUGAGCGUCCAUGGUUCACCUACUGGAUCACCACUAUUCAAAUAUUCGUCUGCCUCCUAAGCCUAUUACUCUACGGAUUCGCCCCGUUCGGCCUAGGAAUGGAAGAUAUCAAGGGUGACGUCAUGGACACGACUCUAUCAAGCCGACGAGUCUCCUACUUGGAGCAGGCCAAUCCAUGGAUCGGGCCACACUACGCAGAUCUUAUCCGGCUUGGAGCGGUCUACUCGCCUUGUAUGCGUCGGGAAUUCGGCCUAUGGGAGGCUAUCGAGGAGGGCAGACGGAUUGAGAAUCGGACUGGAUGCUGUAUUGCUAAUGAUCAUAGUGGAUGCUAUCAGAGUAGCGAGUCGAUUUGUCCGCGCAACGUGGCCCGAUGGCUCCGAUGGGACAAACCUCCAGUGGCGGCGUCCAAGAAGAAGAACUUCCUAACCCACAAAUCGAAAUCCGACUCGGAUCUGCUCCACGGCCUGAACAUGUCCGACUUCUCCGCUCUCUCCACAAAAACUUGGACCCAACCCCGGAAAUCCGGCGCAGUCUGCGGUCAGGAUCCUUCCUAUUGUGAUCUACCGCUGUCCGUAGCUCCCUACGAAUGGCCGGAUGACAUCACACAAUGGCCGAUAUGCCGGAAGAAGCACGAAGGCGCCGGGCUCCCCGAGCACGUGACCUGUCAGGUUACAGGCCGCCCGUGUUGUAUUCAGCUUCAGGGUCUUUGUAGGAUUGCUACAAAGCAGUAUUGCGAUUUUGUACGGGGGCAUUGGCAUGAGAAUGCGACACUUUGCAGUCAAGUCAACUGUUUCUCCGGGGUGUGUGGAAUGGUUCCCUUCUUUUUCGGUGAUAAUCCCAAUCAAUUCUAUCGGCUCUUCACGUCACUAUUCGUCCACGCAGGAGUCAUCCAUUUGGCACUUUCCCUACUGUUUCAGUAUUAUGUGAUGAAGGACCUCGAGAACCUCAUUGCCUCCAAGAGAAUGGCGAUUUUAUAUUUUGCAAGUGGAAUCGGUGGAAACCUGGCGUCUGCCAUAUUUGUACCGUAUAAUCCAGCUGUCGGACCUUCCAGUGCACAGUGUGGGAUUCUGGCGGCGGUUAUUGUCGAGUGUUGUGAUAAUAGACGAAUCAUAAAAGAGUUCAAGUGGGCUCUCGUUCAACAUUUAAUCGUUACACUGCUUGUUUUAUGUAUUGGAUUUAUUCCAUGGGUCGAUAAUUGGGCACAUCUUUUUGGAACAAUUUUUGGGUUAUUAACUACUAUAAUAAUCUUCCCAUAUCUCGACUUUGGAGAUGACAAUAACAAUAAUAGGGAUCCUUCUCCAAACACAGUACCCAAUACACCACUGAUGCCACGUGGCUCAAUGAGCACAAUGAUUAAUAUUGCGGAAACGCCGACAAUGACAGCUCAAGGAUACAGUCAACUGGCUAAUGGACUCCCAUCGUCUGGAGAACCCGAUGGAACGACUGUCUCCACGGUUCGAUGGAUCUGGAGAACUCUACGCGAAAAAUUUAAAAAUAAACGAACGUUCUACGUGCUCAUCUCGACAAUUGUGCUCUCUUUCCUACUUUUCAUCCUAUUCGUUGUUUUCUUUGGAAAUGUUCAAUUUGAUUGUCCAUGGUGCAUUUAUUUCAAUUGUCUACCCGUAUUUGAAUGUCAUAAUCAAGGUCAAAAACUCAAAAAGUGGCUUCCAAUUUGAAUUUGAACUUUUUAUAUCAUUUUUACUCAUUUUUUUCUAUUUUUUUCUGAAUUUAUAUCAAUUUUUUCCCCGAUUCCUCAUCAUAUCUCUACUUUAAACUCCGACUCCAACAUCGCCCAAUACUUUAAUUAAAUGCUCAAAAAAUCUCGAAAAUUUUCCCUUACCAAAGUGUGUUUCAAAUGUGUUUCAGCCAGCAAGCUCCUUACUUUGUGAUAAUUUUUCCCAAAAUUUAGUGUUUGUUUUAUCAAUCCCACCGAUUCUUUUUAUUUCCAGUGUGCCAAUUUGUGAUACUUUUCUUGUGAAAUAAAUUUUAUAGUCAAACAAUUUUUUGUUAACUCUGAAAUAUAAUAAAAAUUUGCAGAAAUUA